AUGGACAAGAAAGCACAGAUGUAUAUCGUGGGCUCUUGUAAUGGUCUCGUUUGUCUUCACGAUAACUGUAGUUGGAAUAAUACUCUAUUAUGGAACCCUGCAACUAAAGAAACAAAGGUUGUCCCCAUAUCAAACAUGCCUCGCCUUUCUGCCGACUAUGAUUUUGUCGUCCUUAACGGCAUCGGGUUUGGUUUUGAUGCCAAAACUCACGACUACAAGAUAAUCAAAAAUUUCCGACUCUACGAACCCGACUCUUACUUAGAACCAUACUUUCCGAUAAUCUGCAUGUGCCAUAGUGAGCUAUAUAGCUUAAGAACCGAUUCUUGGAGACAAAUUGACAGCGUCCCUUGUCACAUUUGGGAUUCUACUAGAGGUAUGAGGACAAACCAGAAUGGCAUAGGUACUUGGUGGGCAUCGGGUGAUGAUGAUACAAAUUGGCAAGGUAUUUUGUCAUUUGACAUAACCAAUGAGGUAUUCCUAAAAACUCCAUUGCCGGAUGGUAGCGAUAUAGGGUAUUCUAAUGAUAAAUAUCUAGAGUAUUUCUUGUUGAAUGAAUUGGUUGCUUUGGGUAUUUCUUGGAAAGUUAUAGGCGAAGAGGGGUCGCAAAUGUGGUGGGAUAUAUGGUUGUUGCAUGAAUAUGGGGUUACGGAGUCUUGGACAAAGUUGUUCAGGGUUGGUCCUCUUACUGGAGUUUUUCAACCAUUAGAAUAUUGGAGGAAUGAUAUUAUAUUCUGGGAAAAAGAUGAUGGACAACUCGCCUUGUAUGACCCCUCUACCAAAGAGAUGACGAAUCUUCAAAUUGAUGGAGAAUUACUCUCGUUGCAGAUCAUUCCUUACAUGGAAAGCCUAGUUUCUAUAAGGGGAGCAAAUGAUAUAGUAUGA